AUGCCUAGCGUAUCAACCAUCCUCAAGGGCCUAGUUGCCCUGGCGCCUCUCGUGGCUGCCGCUCCCGCAAACUAUGCCCGUCAAGAGUCGGCUUCCAAAUCGAGCUCAAUGGUCAUGUCGUCCGCUACCCCCGCGGCGGCAGCCAUCACCGAAACCGCAGGAGAGGCCGCCUCUCCUGCUGCUGCACCGGCGGCAGCAGCAACAUUGAGCGAUGUUGACAUCCUCAACUUCGCUUUGACUGCCGAGCAUCUCGAAUCGGAAUAUUACAAGCAGGGUUUCGCCAAGUUUUCCAUGUCAGACUUCAUGGCUCUCGGUCUGAGUGAAGGCCAGGUCAAGUCUUUGAUGGGUGUUGGACAGACUGAGGCCACUCACGUCACUACUCUGCAGUCCGCCAUCGCAGGAGCAGGUGCAAAGCCCGUCGAGCCUUGCCAAUACAACUUCGACGCCGCCCUUGCCAGCGCUGACUCCAUGGUCAAGACUGCCCGUGUUCUUGAGGCUGUCGGUGUCUCUGCGUACCUUGGUGCCGCUCCCCUUGUCAACUCUUCCGACAUCCUCUCGGCUGCUGGUUCCAUCGUUACUGUCGAGGCCCGUCACCAGGCAUUCAUCCGUAUCGCAUCUGGUGCCGAGCCAGUCCCUGCCGCUUUCGACACUGCUCUCCAGCCCCGCGCUGUCUUCACCCUGGCCGCUCAAUUCAUCAAGUCCUGCCCUGAAGGAUCCAACCUCAACAUCCAGGCCUUCCCUGCCAUCGCUCUUCAGAACCCCGAGAAGGCUACCGUUGGUCAGAACCUGAAGCUUGCCGACCCCGCUCAGCCAGCUGGUGCCUCUUUCUGCGCUUUCGUCGCACCUGGCGGCAACCAGUUUACCAAGAUCACCGACGGCAACUGCAUGGUUCCCCAGGGCCUCCAGGGUGAAGUCUACAUGAUGAUCACCAAGAGCGAGUCCGUUGCCGACGCUGAGGUCCUUGCCGGUCCAUCCGUUAUCCAGCCCUCAUAG